AUGGCUCAGGGUAUGGUGAAGCUUGCUUUCAUUUUCGCGAUUGUUUUCAAUGCUCCCUCCGAUGUAAUCAAAGCUGAGAUAGUCCAGAACCGUGACCUUAAGCCUCUUUUGGAGGUUGGAAUUAUUUUGGCUACUAAUAAAAAUGAGCAGGCGCCAUCUCGAAGAUAUGGACCGUUUAUCCAGCAGCCAAUCUUCUCAAGUCAAGGUAAUAAGAGCUUCACAAUGUGUGUGCGAGCGCGAUCUGAUUUAUUUAAAGUUGUCUAA